CAAUAGAAUUUUAUCAGUUAUCUGCUUCAAAUUAUCUCGGUGAUGAAGAUAUGUAAAGUCAGUUUCCCGGACAUGAGGAAUUCAGGCCAUUUUAUUUCAUCUGUGCUGUUUAUCCUCUUCUUUUGCACGGACUUGGCUUUUUUCGGUGCAGAAGCCAUAGGAGUAUGCUAUGGAAGAGUGGGUGACAAUUUACCAUCUCCAGUGGAAGUGGCAGCCAUGUACACUUCCCACAGAAUUGGCAAAAUGAGAAUAUAUGAUGCUGAUCAGGAGACUCUUCGUGCAUUCCAAAACACAGGCAUACAAGUAACAGUAGGAGUCCCCAAUGAGAAUCUCCCUUCCAUUGCAUCCAGCCAAGAAACAGCAAACCAGUGGGUUGCAGACAACAUUCAACCCCAUUACCCCACAAUCCAGUUCAAAUACAUUUCAGUGGGCAAUGAGAUACUCCCUGAUACACCCUUCACAGCCAAUCUCUUUCCUGCCAUGAAAAACAUUUACAAUGCACUCCAAUCACUGAAUCUCCAGAACCAAAUCAAGGUCUCUACACCAAUGCCCAUGUCUAUACUCAGCAAUUCUUAUCCUCCCUCUGCAGGAACAUUCAGCCCUAAUAUCAUCCCAAUCAUGAGGCCCAUCUUGAACUUCCUUUCACAGACAAAAUCCCCCUUCAUGGCAGAUGUAUACCCCUAUUUUGCCUACAUCUCUGAUCCCAAAGACAUUUCUCUGGCUUAUGCCUUGUUCCAAAUGAAGACCCCCAAUGAAGUGGGGUACAAGAACUUGUUUGAUGCAAGUGUAGAUGCCCUCAUUUAUGCCAUGGAAGCUUUGGGGCAUUCAGAUAUUCCCAUUGUUAUUGCUGAAAGUGGGUGGCCUUCUAAAGGGAAUCCUAAUGGUGGUGCAAAUAUAUCCAAUGCCCAGAUUUACAACAAUAACUUUAUCAAGCAUGUUUUGUGUGGGCAGGGGACUCCCAAGAGGCCUAACCAGACCAUUGAGGCCUUUGUGUUUGCCAUGUUUAAUGAAGAUUUGAAGCCUGGAGACAUUACUGAGAAGCAUUUUGGGCUCUUUCAGCAUACUAAAGCACAAGUUUAUCCUGUGAAUUUCACAGGUUAAGACAUGCUGGAAUGCAAUUUUUCCUAUAUAUUUAGGAGUGUUGUUAGUUGUCUAGUAUGUGAGCGUCAUAGUUUAAGACUUGUUUGACUGGUUAAAGUCAGUGUUCCCAAUAAUUGUCAUACAAAGUUCUAUCAUACACUAUUGUAACCUCUGUUUAAUAACAUGCAAGAUAACAUUAUAUUGCUAAUAAAGUAGCCAGCCAAUUCCUUGAAUUUGACA